ACCAGGAAGAAACAAGCAGGCCUUAUCUCGCACUCGCAAUAGAACAGCACGAGACACCGACAGACAGGCUCUCCGUCUCAUCCUUAGAGUCCGGAUGCGGUCGGCUGUUUCUUCAGUGUGGUAACGUAGGCCAAGUGGUCGCGCAUCCGCUGCACGUUCUCACACCGCACCCGCACAUCCUCCACCAAAUCAGUGAACACAUCGAACCUGACACACACACACACACCGACAGACACACUUGGAUCUGGAUGCACCUCACCGGUCUGGCUGGUCUGACUGACCUUUUGAUGGUGAUUUUGUUCUCGACGGCUUCUCGGAUGGCUGGCGGCUGCACCCCGACUUGGAAGGCGUAGACGGGGCAGUAGCCGUAGUUGCGCUCGACGUCGGCGUGGGUGAUGUCGCCCUUGACCACCGUUCCCACACCGCCGUGCACUAUUGGAAUGCGCAUGGCGUACUCGCGCUGAGACCACACACACACACGCGUGUCGUGAGCCUCUGUGGUGUGUUUAUGUGUGUGUUGUGCGGACCUGCAAUUGCUCGAAUGUGUCCAUGAAGACGUCAAAGGUGGACAUGCUGUCGGUCUUGAGGAUGACCGGCACCACCGGCGAGUUGACCGUCGGAAUCGCAAAGGGCUCCUCGCCCUCCUCGCCCUCCCACCCCUCACCAUCACCAUCACCCCCGCCGUCGUUGCUGCCCUUGCUGCGACGGCCGUCUGCCCUGGCCAGCUCGUCCAUGAGGAUGGAUUUCUCCUCUGGCUGGGCGAGGGGCGGCUCCCCGCGUCCCUUGCGGCGGAAGUUCUCGGUGGCGAUCUGCAGCUGCACCUCGCGGAACACCGCACGCUGCUUCUCAAGUUUCUACAACCGAGACAGAGACAGAGAGAGACAGAGACAGAGCGUGGGCGAUGCAUUGAUUGACACCAACCUACCUACCUGGUCCCUGUUGCGCCGUCUCCACCUCUCCCUGAGCCGUUCGUUGUACAGCUCGGCCUCCUCGUGCCAGGUCUCACGGUCGGCAUAGUACACCCAUGGCACACCCAGCCGGUCGCCGCUCACACCCGCCGAUGGUCCCGAUGAUCCCGAUGAUCCCGAUGGGUUUGGCUGCCCCUCCGCCUCAGCUUUCGAGAAAUCGGCCUCGUUGGCGCGCCGCUCGUCGUCGAGGAAGGUGCGGUACCUUGAGUAGAGGGCCUCGUCGUCGCCCUCGUCGAAGUAGUAGUGGUCCGUAAAGACCUUCUGAGCCUUCAGAUCGGCGUCGGCAUCAUCCUGCUCGCGGUCAUCGUCACCUUUUGUUUGCUCCUGUUGGUCUUGGUGUGGUGGUGGUGGUGGUGGUGGGACGUAGAAGGGCGGGUCUGAUGCACGCGAUGUCGUUGUUGUUGCUGCUGCUGCUGCUCGUCGUCUGGACCUGCGGCCGACGGAUGCCGGUGGGGGCGGGGGCGGGUCGGGGGGAUCGAUCUCGCCGGCUGGCGGGAUAUGGAUGGAUCCAAUUCGGGUAGUGGUGGCGGCGGAUGUUGAGAGACUGCACACACGCACAGAUUGAUGAGAUGAAUGAAUCGCUUGCUGGGUCAGUGCAGUGCACCCGCUCUCUCCUUAAGGUACCUGUGCAGCUCCUCAGUGGACAUGUAUUGGUCGUCCCUCCCCCUCGGGCCCUUGUCGGCCCCCCUGCGUAUCACCUCGAGACCCUCCAGUUCCUCCUCCUCCCAGCCCCCCUCGUCCCCAGCUGCUGCGUCGUCCCCAUCCGCCUCGCCCUUCCUCUUGAUGGCUGCCUUCAUCUCGGCAUCAAAGCCGAUGGUGGCGUCCAGGGGCGACUCGAACUCGUCACGCGUGGCCGUCGAGAAGAUGCCGCCCACACCUACACGUCAAUGUGAGCGGUCAGGAAGAGGGAGGGAUGGAGGGAGGGUGGGUGGAUGGUUGUGUGUGUGGUGGUGUGUACCAGGGGCAUGUCCGUAUUCCUCGAUAGCUCUCCGCAGUUUGUGCGAUGUCUUCCGAUUCUCCAUUCCCAUGCUCACCUGUUCCCUGGUGUUAUCGAGGGGGCUGUCCGACUGGAAGGGCAUGGGCAUCGGCGGCCCCCUCACCUGCACAGCCUGGGUCGCCUCAAGACGCUCACGAUACUCAAACAAACGCCAUGCCCUGACCAAACAGAUACACAGACAGACCUCACUCUUGUGUGUAUGUGUGUGUGUGUGUGUGUGUGUCGGGAGUGAGAGGGCCGGCCUGCCUGAGGUCUGGCAGCGUCAUGAGUAUGUCGUCGGGGGCACAGUCGCCGCCGAAUGUCUUCAUCUUGAUGCCCUUGACACGCGCAGCCACGCCCACACCGGCGACCCUGACAGACACAUUUAUUGAAAGAUAGAGACAUCGAUCCACACAGCCACACCAACCACACGUGCAGGCGUCGCCACGACGCCCCGCCUCGCCCUGCCUCGCUGUUGCUGACUCAUGACUCACUCGAGUGUGUCGAGUGUGCGGCCGAGGUCGUCUGUCUUGAGUUCGGCCACUUUGCCGAUGGCCGACCCACACACAAACCAGUGCCCAACUUGCACCCGACCGUGGCGAACCAACACCGUCAGGAUCACUCCCCUGCACACAAAGAGCAUAGCAUCAAGCGUGGUAGGGUGUGGUGUGUGGUUUGGUGUGGGGUGGGUCGUGAUAUGAUUACUCAGGGUCGGUCUUUGUGACGUCUACGACGACCCCGACACCGUAUGGCAGCACAUGGGAGUCGAUCAGGGAGAAGGUGCGCCGCCGGAACUUGGAGGCUAUGCGGCUGCCGACUGACGUCACGUCACACAGCACAGCACAGACACACAAGUGAGAGGAGGGAGGGAGGGGAAGGGGGCAGGGCUUGGCUUGGCUGAGCUGACUGGCUGACCUACCUGGAGUGGUGCAGAGUGAGUUGACUGGGUUUACAGGAAGGGACAGGCCUGCCAGCCGGGCACUCAAUGCCGCCAACAAAUCCUGCACACACACACAGAUCGAUAAACACAGAGUCGCUCGCAAGCGGCACACUCUCUCUCUCUCUCUCUUUCUCUCUCUGUGUGUGUGUGUCUCUCUCCCUAUGUGUGUGGUUGUUAACUCAUCCAUCCAUCCAUCGCACACACACGCAAGGACGGACGCACCUGUAUGCCCUUCCCCGUGAGUGCCGAUAUGGGGACGGCCUCCCCCACCUCAGCGGAAAAGUCACGGGACACCGCACCGCCCUCAUGCAACUCCUACACACACACACACACACACUUGCAAUUCUGUGUGCCUGCACUGCAUUCAUUGUGCCUGGGAGGGUGCAGGCAGGUCUUAUUUACAGAGCAUUGUCUCCGGAGCUCGGCCUUGACCAGCUCGACGUUGGUGAGCGGCAGGUCGAUCUUGUUCAACGCAAACACAACCGGCACCUACAAAGCACAAACAAAGAGAGAGAGCGACAACCACAUAAAUAAAGUUCCUUCCUCUCUCUCUGUCUCUCUGUGCAGCGCGACAUGCGGAGGCAUACACACACACCCACUUUGAAUCUGUCGGCCUGUGUGAUGAUCUCGCGCGUCUGCACCUCAGCCCCCCUCUCCACCGACACCACCAGCAGCGCCACGUCGGCCGUGGCCGUGGCCUGCCCACGCAUUAUCUCAAACACCUCGUGGCCCGGCGUGUCCAGAAAUGUCAGCCUGUGGGUCGUCUGUUGCUGCUGCUGCUGCUGCUGCUCGUCGGUGAGGGUCACGGGCAUGGGCAUGGUGGUGGCUCGGAUGCGCUGCGUGAUGCUGCCUGGCUCGUGGGCGGCCGCACAAGUGCCUGGCAUGCCACACACAGAUACAGACACACACACGUAGAAUGAUGCGUUGAAGUGUUUGUGUUGCCUUCGAGGAGUGUGCUGCCAGCCACUUACCUUGUAUGGUGUCGAUGAGUGUGGUCUUGCCGUGGUUGAUGUGUCCGAGCACGGCCACCACAGGGAUGGCCUUCUCCGACUGGGGGAAGUCGUCACGCGUCUACAGCACAGCACACAGCACACAGACCAAGUCACGUCACGUCCGUCGUGUCAGUCAACUUGAGGCAUCCGAGCUGUGUGUUGGUGUGUGUCAGCUGUGUGUGCACACUGUGGGAUACAUACCCAGUAAGGUUCGGGGUCGACCUUCCUCGGCCUGAAGUUGAACAUCUCUGCCGCGUGCGCCGCCAACUCAUACGGCACCGCCACCUUGGCCUUGCUCCUGCACACACACGACAGAUAGGUACCCCAUUGCAUGCCAGUGGACAGCCUCCACCACAGCUCAGCUUUGCUGCUUUGCUCACUCACACGGUCUCCCACUGCCUCCCCUGUGUGUCGUUCCAGAGGUAUCGCCUUUGCACCAGCCGAACAUUGCAUGCCUUCAUCAUGCUGGCGGGCUCCAUCUGCACCAUGCGGCGCAGCUCCUUGACGUGCACAUAGGGCGGCAGGAGCAGCAGCCGGCUCCUCUCGCGAUGCCCGCCCUUGACGUUGUCCACCCACUGCUCGCGCCCUAUCAUCCGCCACUUCUUGCCAAACAACACACGGCUGGGCCUCAGCAUGAUUCUGAGCACAGAUCUAUCGGGUUCAGGAUCUAUUCUUUCGACAUCAGGAAGGGACUCUUGCGUCGGAAGAAGGCC